CCUAUCUAUAUUUACCUGCAGCUAUCCUCUCUGAUGCUCCCAGCUGCUGUUAAUAAGACGAGCACAUACAUACACACUAUAAGCCAAGCAUCGCCAGAAUCUACCUAGUUUGUUACCAGAAGCAUUUUGUGACGAGGUUUAUCUGUCUGUAGGUAUUCAAUGGACAUCGAUUCUUCCCUAGUGUGAAGUGAUGUGCAGUUAAAACAGGAUUAUCAGAAUGUGACGCAAAGACGAGGUAAUACAUAUAAAAAUGGACUGGACAAGGAACUUGAUUUUCAUCGCCAUCUUAUUGUUCUUGUUGGAUGAAGGUCAAAGCCAGGAGACUAUAAUCCGAGCCGAUGCCCUGGUUGGAUAUGACGAUGUCGCCUUAGAACUGGCUUUCAAGGAAACAAUGGACAAGGCGCAACAGAAUCUGGUGUACCAAAGCAAAAAUCUCAAGAUCGAAGAUUUUUUCUUCAGAGUUAAUUCGGAAGACAGUUUUGAAGUUUCCACCGAAGCUUGUAGAGUCAUCUCCUUUGGAAGUAAAGUGAUAUUCGGAACAAACUCCCGAACAUCUUCAGGUUAUGUUACCUCCCUUUGUAACCAACUGUCCAUACCUAAUAUUCAAAUACAUUGGGAUACCCACACCAUUGUCACCGACACCAAGCGUCCGGACAGGGAUCAAAUGACUUUGAAUCUUCAUCCUCAUUACAAAACUCUCAGCGCCGCCCAGCGGGACCUUAUUACAUCCUGGGAGUGGAGGAAGUUUGCCGUGUUUUAUGAGGAUAACAGUGGUCUCCUAAGACUUCAGGACAUACUUAAGCUAUCGGCAAAGGGGCGAGUAACCAUCACCACAAGGAAGAUCGACCUAAUGAACAAAGGGAGUCUGAUAGAAAUCCUGGAAACUUUGAAAAUGGCGGAAUAUCAGAGAUUUGUGAUAGACUGUCAUUAUGACAGAAUUUACGAUUUCCUGGAGCAGGCUGAUGAAACAGAUGCCUUAUCGGAGUAUUUUCACUAUCAUUUUAUGACAUUGGACUUGGGUGUUAUAGACCUUUCAAAGUUUGCCAUGUCUGGGGCAAAUGUAACCGGCCUUAGGCUGGUCAAUCCAGACCAGAACUUGGUUAAAAAUGUAACAGAAGAAUGGAAGCAGUUACAGUUCAACAUCCGGGGCAACAAGUCUCCUCUCAGGAAGGGCCAGCUGCAAAUCCCGACAGAGACCGCCCUCAUGCACGACGCAGUAUGGGUGUUUUCCCAGGCUGUAGCCGCUCUGAACGACCAGAACCCCGGGGCUCUGACGAAAUACGAUAGUUUGUCCUGCGAAACCUCUACAUCGUGGAGCUUCGGGGAAGAACUGCUACGGUACAUGAAAAGUGUGAAAAUUACAGGACUGACGGGUCAGGUCCAGUUUGGAAAGUAUGGGCAGAGGGAGGACUUUGAACUGGACGUUGUCAAACUUAGACUCGAAAGUGGGAACAUUCAGAGGAUUGGGACUUGGAACCCGAUGUCAUUUAUUAACCUGACUGACGAUGAUGGUCAGCUCUCUCACCUAAACAAAACGCUGAAAGUGUUAACCUAUCUGGAACUCCCGUAUGUGGGUAAGAAGAUUAACCAACAUGGGAAAGCUGAGUAUGAGGGUUUCUGUAUCGAUAUUCUAAAAUUCAUCGCUGAGAAACUUAACUUUAAGUACGAGAUUCAGGAGGAACCAACUUACGGAAAUUGCUAUCCAGAGAUGGGUUACUGCAAUGGAAUGUACAAGAAGCUUAUAGACAAGAAAGCAGAUAUGGCUGUGGGAGGUAUUACCAUUACGUCGGACCGCGAACAAUUUGUUGACUUCACCAAACCUUUCUUGAAUCUGGGCAUCACCAUAUUAUUCCGGAAACCAGUACCGAAACCUAUUCGCCUAUUUUCUUUCCUGGAUCCAUUCCAUGAGGACGUAUGGGUGUACAUGAUUGCUAUAUAUUUGUGUGUGAGCUUUAUGUUCUUUGUCAUUGCCCGACUGACGCCCUACGAGUGGUGCAAUCCCUACCCAUGUAAUCAGGAGGAAGAUAUAGUGGAGAACCAGUUUUCUGUCCUCAAUAGUAUGUGGCUUACGAUUGGAUCAAUACUGCAGCAAGGUUCGGAGCUCGCACCUCGGACGGUUUCCACUAGAAUGGUAGCGGGAGUUUGGUGGUUUUUUACCCUGAUCAUUAUAUCUUCAUACACAGCAAAUCUUGCCGCUUUCCUAACAGCUGGAAGAAUGCAAUCACCGAUAGAGAGCGCUGCUGAUCUUUCAAAACAAACAGAUAUCAAAUAUGGCACCCAGAAAAUUGGAUCAACUUUCAGUUUCUUUCAGAAUUCCAUUUUUCCUGUCUACCAGAGAAUGUUCGCAUUUAUGAAAAACCAGCCUGGGGGAUCGGCGUUUGUGAAGAAUUCCGAUCAAGGAGAGAAGCGAGUUCUAGAAGGGAAUUAUGCAUACUUUGCCGAGUCUACCACUGUGGAAUACAAGGUGGAGCGCGACUGUGAUCUGACGCAGAUCGGUAACUGGCUCAAUUCUGUCGGAUACGGAAUAGCUCUACCAAAAGGUUCACCGUACAGAGACAUGAUCUCCCAACAGAUCCUGUUCUUACAGGACAACCAAAUCAUCAAAGAAUACUACACAAAAUGGUGGAAAAAGAUGUACAUCAACGACACAUGUGAAACCGAGAAGAAGGAGACGUCUGCUGCCCUCAGUAUAGAGAAUGUGGGCGGAGUCUUUGUGGUGCUGAUAGGCGGAGUCUGCAUUGCUAUCGUGAUAGCCGUAUUCGAAUUCAUCUAUUUCGCCUGGACUAAACGCGAUUUUCCGGAACCAAUAUGCACCCAAUUAAAAGAUGAAUUGUGUUUCGCUGUGCGUUGCUUUGGACCUUCAACAAAACCUGCUGACCACGUCAUCAAGGCUAGUAAAAGCGACCUCUCGCGGACUGGUGUCUCCACGGCUUCCUUAGGGCACGAGUAUGCCAAUACAGUUCGCGAUAUACAUGCCACACAAAGAGGGGGAAUACCGAGAUUGUUUCUUGAGGUCAGCGAGCCCUCGUUCAAAGGUAUGUACCAGGCUUUAAUGGCGUUACUUCCGGUUCUGAUACUGAUGUUUUUAAUCCCCGGAUACGUGGGUGCCACAGACAUACUGAUUGACGGUUUCUUUGACACGGAUGACCGGUCGACAGAGCUCUCUUUAAAGUGGACCUGUCAGCACGUGAACCUCAGAGGCAAUCCUGGUAACAGAUCCACGCCCAUUGUGCUGGUCUACACCGUUAACAAGGUUAGGAACAACACGAUGGACACAGGCAAGGAUGUUUGUCGCAGAAUAGAAGCUGGUGCAAAGGUCAUUUUUGGCCCAAAACCUGGAAAAAGUGCCAAUUAUAUCAGAUCCAUCAGUAAAAAUCUGGAAAUCCCACUUAUCAAUAUUCAUAGUGAGAUUCCUUACGGGUCAAGAGAGAGCCAAAGGGUCUCUGUCAAUUUUUUUCCCCACUACCUAGAGGUCAGCAGAGCUCACCGCGACCUCAUUCAGUUUUGGAAGUGGAGGAAGUUCACAAUACUUUAUGAAGACAACGCAGGUCUUAUCCGGCUUCAAGAGAUCCUUAGUUUGUCCACCUUACCAGAUAUAAGAAUCAACGUACAACAGCUCAAUGUCCGAAAUCCCAGAAGCUACCUAGAUCUAUUCGUAGAUCUAAAGAGUGAAGGAGAAAAUAGGAUUGUCAUUGACUGUCACAUGACUCACAUUAAAGCAUUAUUAAAAAAGGCAAUGCAGGUGAACGUUCUUACAGAAUACUUCCAUUUUCACUUUACAAACCUGGACUUCAGUGUUGAGGAUUUGUCUCCCUUUAUGUACACUGGUGCGAACAUUACUGGUAUGAGAUUGGUUGCACUUGAGAAUGCCAAAGUUGCUGCUGUUAGGAAUCUUUGGAAAAAAGAAAUGGAGAGUAGCUCAUUUAGUUUGUCUCCUUUAAAACCUGGACAGACGCAAAUACCAAUAGGAGCAGCGCUUAUGCAUGACGCUGUUAACCUCCUGCAUCGAGCUAUUGAUCUCCUCAGAACGAGGCGUCACGUCAACUUUAACGACAAGGUCAGUUGUGAAGCCGGAAAUUACUCACUGCCAUGGUUGAACGGAAACUCGCUAAUCUACGCUUUAAAGAUGGUGACGUACGAGGGACUGACGGGAAGGGUUCGAUUAGACAAUCUCGGAGAGCGGCACAAUUUUUCCCUGGAUAUCGUAAAAGUUAAAGAAAAACCUGUGUAUAAGAUUGGCCAAUGGGAUCAUAGGCGCGGGAUAAAAAUCACAGCUAAGUCUGAAUUUCCAAGUGAUGCUAGAGUUAAUAUCUUGACCAAUAAAACGCUUUCUGUCAUCACAGUUCUGGAAGCACCGUACGCGUUUGAAGUCGUAGAUGUGAAUGGCACCGUGUCCUAUGAGGGAUUUUGUAUUGAUCUGCUACAGAUUAUUGCUGAAAAUUUAGGAUUCAAAUACAACGUGACCCCUGAACCCACUGGGUCUUAUGGCAACUGUAAAGAUGACCACUGUGAUGGAAUGGUCAAACAGUUGGUAGAGAGGAAAGCCGAUCUUGCGGUAGCUGGGAUGACUAUCACUUACAGUCGAGAGGAGGUCAUAGAUUUUACAAAACCUUUUUGGAACCUUGGCAUCACGAUCCUGUUCCGGAAGCCCAUGGCGCCACCUGCUGAACUGUUUAAAUUUCUGUCACCCUUUACAUUCGAACUUUGGGCGUACGUCCUUGCAGUGUACAUAGUGGUCAGUCUUAUGAUGUUUGUCAUUGCCCGACUGACACCGUACGAGUGGGACAACCCGUAUCCUUGUGACAUUUACAAUGACAACUUGGAAAACCAGUUCUCUGUCAUGAAUAGUUUAUGGUUCACCAUCGGGGCUUUAAUGCAACAAGGUUCAGAGAUUUCGCCGAAAACAACGUCGACUCGCUUGGUAGCUGGGGUCUGGUGGUUUUUUACUUUGAUCAUGAUUUCCUCCUACACAGCCAAUAUGGCCGCCUUCCUUACUAUAGAAAGAAUGGAAAAUCCAAUAAAAAGCGCAGAGGAUCUGUCCAAUCAAAAUGAAAUAAAGUAUGGGACACUGGAAUCGGGAAGCACUCGUGCUUUUUUCUCUGAUUCUAACUCCCAAUUAUACAAGAAGAUGGAUACCACCAUGAGAUCUGCCACUCCAAGCGUGUAUGUGAAAUCAUCUGACGAGGGGGAGAAGCGCGUGUUGGCGGGAAAUUACGCGUACCUGGCCGAGUCCACUACGGUGGAGUAUCGUAUAGCCCGGAACUGUGACCUCAUGCAAGUGGGACAACAACUGGACUCCAAGGGAUAUGGCAUCGGGCUACCCAGAGAUUCACCUUAUCGUGACAAACUAUCCAGUGCCAUCUUGCACCUUCAAGAGGAAGGCGUCAUCCAGGCCCUGUACGACAAAUGGUGGAAACACAAGAAUAUCGAUACCUUCUGUGACAAUGUUAAAGCGCCAUCCACAAAAGCGCUAGAGAUAAAGAACGUGGGAGGAGUUUUCGUUCUUGUUUUGACCGGCACCUUCUGUGGGUUUCUGAUUGCUAUAUUCGAAUUCAUUAGGAAUGCCAGAAAUCUAUCUAGAAAAGGAGAGAAUUCACUGUGGUUUGAAAUGAAGCAGCAGCUAUUCUUUGCCACGAGGUGUUGUAAGUACCAUAAAGUGCCUGUUGAGUUAUCCCCCUUGGGUAACAUCGCAACUGAGGAAACUCAGACUACCCUUCUUCAGCCGGAAUUCAGGGAUGAUGAGAAACACCGAAUGGGCGAUGACAGUGGCGAUAACUUUAGUGAUAAACACCUCGUAGAUCGGACGCUUCCCAUAAAAGAAGUUUUGUUACUCCAGAACGGUGAUCAAAAUAACGCUAAAAACAAUAAAGAAAUUAUCACAACAGAUUCCAAUGUGAAGGUCGAAAAAUCAAGUGAAGUGUAGUGUCGGUUUGAAAUGUUCAAAAAGUUAUUGUUGCCUUCAUUUUCCGAUACUUAUUAAUGUGCAAUAACUAAUGAGUGUACCAAUGAUUAUUUUAUCAGUAGGUAUCGCAUUCUAGCGCUCUAUAUAGAGAUUGAUGACGUCAGUCCACGUAUACCAGUAUCUAGAACUAUAGAUCCGUCAUAUUCCAUGUGCGAAAUCAACAUUGUAUAUAGAACACUCAACAUCAUAAAGUGAAUUAAUGAUUAUUGAAAAUGUAUGCUUUGCCUGAUUAUAUAACUCACGUGACUGUUUCACCAAUGCAUCCAUUUAAGUUUCUAAUGAUCAUAAGUUACAAUAUAUCUUUUUGUAUAUAAAAUCAAGAACAAGAUGUCUUUGUUAAUACGGUAUAUUUUCCUUUGAGUGUGACCACUUUUGUUUUAGCUUAAGUUCCAUAUGUCGUCGACAUUUGACCUUGUAUUUUUGUUAGGUAAGAUGUCUCUAUUUUGCAUAGUUCAAAUAUCAUGACCGAGGAUAAUAAUAUGGAAAGAUGCAGAGAUAUCAAACAACACGCUCUGCGAUUUUAGAUCUCGGAGGCCUAAUAACAGUUAGGUAAGCAUGAAGUCUGAUGAUUCAUAGCCGAAGCUGAGAAUCCUUGGACCAUGUAUUUUCGAUAGUUCAACUUUCAAUGGUUUUUAACUGAUUAAAAAAAUCAUCACCAACAAUUGUAUUUAUUUCUUGGUUAAAUAUUUUAACAAAAUGUUCUCAUAACCGAGAAACGUCAAAAAUUGUAUUAACGACAAUUUUUUGUCAAAUUGAGAAUUUAAACAUACAUGUAAUAAGAAAGCCACUCCUUAUAAUACCAAUUGUGUAGCUGGGAUUGUUGAAAAACAACAAAAUAAAAUGUCUAAGCAUGAGAAUCUCUCGAUACACUAUGUAGUAAUUCAUCGUUAGAAUGUUUCAAAUUAUUGAUUCAGAUUAUAACAUGAAGAAAUGUACGAACGAAGCAUGGAAAAUAUCACAGUCUUUCACAAAUAAUCCAGCAAAAACAUGAAGAUGGUGAAAACAUGAAAGAAAUGACUGUGAACAAACAGUGAUAUCAUAACAAUGUUCAAGACAAGUGUAUUAAGGCACACCGACAACAUUUUCCGUUUUGUGACGGAGUUUACAUAUUUGUCACGUCUCUGUGUCGCUAUAUUCCACGUGCAUGUACGAUCCCUCUCCAAAUGAGAAUUCCCUGCCCCUAGAUACGGGAGAUUUUCGGAGUUCUCUCAGCGGUAGAAUCCCGUUGGAGGAACUACAGUCUUUUGGCAUAUCAACAGUUAGCGGACACGAGGCGGUGUGUCCUUUUUUGUACUUUACACACGCCCGCUGUGAUUUAGACUUUUUGGUGGAGCCGUGACAUCGCACUGCGAACCGCAGCUCUUGUAUCAUUUCGGAACACAAUGAUUGCUGAAGGAAAACAAUAUGUCAAUUACCAGUAUGUUAACAACAGUUUCUUCUGCUAAUGUUUUCCAGAAUAAAAUAAAUAUGAUGUAUUGCUGAGGAAUAAUCAACCAAAUUUACCACAAUGGACCCCAAAGAAUUUGCUUUUCAUUUUGUCAAAGACUAUCGAUAAUGCAUGUAUAUUGAAGAUUGUACAAAAAUGUCA